UAUUUGUUUUAAAAUAUGGAGAAACAUAAUAGUAUUAUUAUUUAUUUUUUUUGUAUUCAAAUAAUUUAUUUUUCAUUAACAUAUGAUUGAUGAAGAUUUCAUCAACUAUUACGAUCUGGAACCGCAUGCAUAAGCAUAACCAAAGCAAAACGGAAAAACCAAGAAAUUUUGGUAUCUGAUUCUAAUCUCAAACACCAUUCUGAUCUCAUCUCAUCACACUUCUCUCCCUCCAUUCUCGCCCAUUUGCACACACUAAAGUGUAAAAAUGGAGGCGACUGUCUUCGCUCCUGCACUAGAAGAACUCCAGCAUGUAAAAUCUAGCCAAGGAGAAAUUCUGACCAAACAUUUCUUGGAUGCGUGCAGACACAUAUUGCCUGUUAUAGAUAAGUUUGGAGCUGCUAUGGCCCUUGUUAAAUCUGACAUAGGUGGUAAUAUAACGAGAUUGGAAACUUUAUAUUCUUCCAAUCCUACAAGAUUUAAUUGCUUGUACAGUUUGGUACAAGUAGAGAUUGAAAGUAAAACUGCUAAAUCAUCAUCCAGUUGUACCAAUGGACUUCUUUGGCUGACAAGAGCAAUGGAUUUCAUCGUGGCUUUGUUCCAAAACUUGAUUGAGCAUGAUGAUUGGUCAAUGUCACAAGCCUGUACAGAGGCAUACAAUAAGACUCUGAAGAAGUGGCAUGGCUGGCUUGCUAGUUCAAGCUUCACUGUAAUGUUCUAUUCAUACUCUGCUCUUGUAGUUAUGAAGCUUGCUCCAGAUAGAAAGAAGUUCAUGGAGGUGAUAGGAGGCACUGGUGAUAUCAAUGCUGACAUAGAGAAAUUUUGUACAAGCUUCUCUCCUCUCCUUGCACAGAAUCACAAAUUUCUGUCGCGAUUUGGGUUGGAUGAAAUGAAGGCAUCAUAAAUCACAUAUUAUUGCAUGGUCAGAAAUACCUGAUGAGUGGCUCUUGAAUGGAAUCAUGGUCAGAAGUUCCUGAUGAGGGAGGGGCUCUUGCAUGCAUGCAUGCUCACUCUUAAGUAGUUUAGUUUGUGCCACUAAUUUUUUACUCUUUACAACUUUAUUCUGUCAUGUCAUAUUUGUUACUAUCAAGUAGUUUACUAUGAAGUUAAGGCUACCAGAAGUUGAUUCACUUGUUUUCUGCUAUGUCAUAUAAAAUCUUGGUAAUGGAACAUGUUAAUCUGACUAGAAGUACAAUGUUACAUUGUAUGUCUAUUUGAUCAUAAAAAUAUUGUAUGUCUUUUGGCAUGUCUCACUUUUCA